CCUCCUCACGCUCUGCUCGUGUUUAGCUUUCUGUGUUUCACCGCAUGAAACAGCAACAUGACGCUGAGGAAAUGACUCUUUAAAGCUCACACUGCUUUGAUCCCUUUUCCUUUCUUCACCCUCUCCUCACAUUGGACUGGAGUCAUGUCGCCACAACACACCAAGGAGGGCUUUCCUCUGUCUGUCCGUGUGUCAGUGGAAACCUGGUGUGGCGUGAAGAGAGAGGAGAGAGCGCGCGGGAGCCGAGGAGCAGAGGAGCGCCCGGAGGAGGAAAAGGACAAUUAGUGGAGAACAAAAGCAGCAGGGAGACAAACUGUAGACAUGAGUUUACCGACUAACUGUGUGUAUCUGACCCCCUCAGUCCAGGAUCGCUACUUCAAAAUGCGAAACGGGAAUAUCUGUGGGUCACCGUGCGCCGUCAACCGUCCCAUCGACAUCGUUCAAAAGCGCAGGCGUUUUGAUGUGGAGAAUGGCCUGUCGGUGGGUCGCAGUCCACUGGACUCUCAGACUAGCCCGGGUUCUGGUCUGGUACUUCAGGCCAAUUUUCCCCACAGUCAGCGCCGCGAGUCCUUUCUCUAUCGCUCCGAUUCAGACUUUGACCUUUCGCCCAAAACCAUGUCCCGCAACUCGUCCACUGCCAGCGACCUGGAGGAGGGAUUGAAGCAUUGGGAAGUCAAUUGGCUACCUCGGCAUGGAGAAGACAUGAUAGUGACUCCAUUUGCACAGGUUCUUGCCAGUCUACGAACGGUGAGAAGUAACUUUGCUGUUCUGACACAUCUGCAAGAUCGUGUGGGAAAUAAGCGGCCGUCAAGCAGCAACCAGCCGUCCAUGUGUAAUCCAUGUCUUACAGAGGAACCUUAUCAGAAGCUGGCAAUGGAGACCCUGGAGGAGCUGGACUGGUGUUUGGACCAACUGGAGACGCUGCAGACAAGACACUCAGUCAGCGAGAUGGCAUCCAACAAGUUUAAGAGGAUGCUGAACCGCGAGCUGACACAGCUAUCGGAAACCAGCCGCUCAGGGAAUCAAGUGUCAGAGUUCAUUGCCAACACCUUCCUAGAGAAACAACAUGAUGUGGAGAUCCUUUCUCCACCUUCUAAGGAGAAGGAGAAGAAAAAAAGGCCGAUGUCACAGAUCAGUGGUGUGAAAAAGGCCACACAAAGCCCAGGCUUAGCACCUGCCUCCAUCCCUCGCUUUGGAGUCAACACGCCACACGAGAACCAGCUAGCCAAGGUGGGUUCGCACACUGACAAAGACAGAAAGAGACACACACACCCCUACAAAAACACUGUGUCAUUUACAUGCUGUGUUUUGUUUCUGCAGCAAUUUGAGGACAUCGAUCGCUGGGGUAUGGAUGUAUUCAAAGUAGCAGAAUAUUCUGGAAACCGCCCGCUGACAGUGAUCAUGUACACCAUUUUCCAGGAGCGAGACCUUCUGAAGACCUUCGAGAUCCCAAUGGACACCUUCAUCACCUUCAUGAUGACUUUAGAGGACCACUACCAUGCAGACGUAGCUUAUCACAACAACAUCCAUGCAGCUGAUGUGGUGCAGUCCACCCACGUCCUCCUCUCCACCCCUGCUUUAGAGGCGGUUUUCACAGACCUGGAGAUCAUGGCCGCUCUGUUUGCCAGUGCUAUCCAUGACGUCGACCACCCAGGAGUCACCAACCAAUUCCUCAUAAACACCAGUUCGGAGCUGGCGCUGAUGUACAACGAUGCAUCAGUUUUGGAGAACCACCACCUCGCUGUGGGCUUUAAACUGCUUCAAGAGGAAAACUGUGACAUCUUCCAGAACCUCAGCAAGAAACAGAGAGAUUCCCUCCGCAAGAUGGUGAUCGACAUGGUGCUGGCCACGGAUAUGUCCAAACACAUGAACUUUUUGGCAGAUAUGAAGACAAUGGUGGAGACCAAGAAAGUGACAAGUUUGGGAGUCCUUCUACUGGACAACUACUCUGACCGCAUCCAGGUUUUACAGAACAUGGUCCAUUGUGCAGAUUUGAGUAAUCCAACCAAACCGUUGGAGCUUUACCGCCAGUGGACGGACCGCAUCAUGAAGGAGAAUUUCACCCAGGGAGACAGAGAGCGCGACAGAGGCAUGGAGAUCAGCCCCAUGUGUGACAAACACAAUGCCUCCAUAGAGAAGACUCAGGUGGGGUUCAUUGACUACAUUGUGCACCCCCUCUGGGAGACAUGGGCCGACUUAGUGCACCCUGAUGCUCAGGACAUCCUGGACACACUGGAGGAUAACAGGGAGUGGUACCAGAGCAUGAUCCCCCGCAGCCCCUCACCCUCCAGCCCUGAGGAGCACCAUGCAGAGGUGGGACCAGGAGGAGGAGCAGCUGUGGGAGCAGGAGCACCCAUCCCUUCAGGAGGAGGUGGAGGGGACAAGUUCCAGUUUGAACUCACUCUGGAGGAAGAGGAGGAAGAAGAGGAGGAGGUGGAUUCUGACCUGGAGAGUCCCAUAGAGGAUGAGUCCCAGUCUGCUGGAGAGAGGCAUCGGGAUUCCUCCUCCCCGUCUCUGUCUCCAGACCCCCGCAGUAGCGGCAGGUACCGUCCCCCUUCGCCUCACCCCUCUCGGACCUUGAGUCUGGCUUCCAUGUCGGUGCGGAGCCCCAACCCUCACAGGGCGCUGGCCUCCCCAGGGCGGGAAGAUACCGACAGGGACAGAGAACUGAGCCAGGAGGGCGACUGAGUGGCCUGCCUCCGUUUGGGCACAUAACAACCAGCACAACCUGCCCUGCCUAAAAGACACGAGUGCUGGAUGUAUGUAGUUGGAGGCAGGGCAAGCCUUUACCAAUAAUGUCUGUAAAAUCACCACAGUCCCUUUACACUGGAGACACCCUCUCUGGAGAACAGAGGAAUGUUCCCCCUCUGUUUCAUGUUUCAUAAGGAGAAUAGUUUUUUGCCUAUCUUUGGGUGCCUGAUAGGCCUGUCCUUCUUUGUUGUAGCUUCAGUUUGGAGAGUCCCAGACAAAAAAAAAAAAAAAAAAAAAAAAAA